CUUCGUCCCACUUUAUAAGUGGAGAGAGCGAGCAGUGAAUGAAGUUUUCAUCUUCCAACAGUGACAUGAGAGACUUGUCGUGGAAGCUAGUCAUUUUCCUCAUUCAUUUUCUAUAUGUACAACAUGUCUGGGGGAAGGCCAUACCGGAUGAUCCUCUUGAUGAGUUGGAUGGAUCAGUUACACAAACGACUGUGAAGAAGAGCUCUAAAACGGAAAAGCAUUCGGUCCAAUAUGAUUCGGAAGAAGAGGAAGAAGACGAUCACACUUCAAAGCUACUAGCCAAACAAGAAAUGGCCCUGGUCAAGAAACGGGAGCUGGCUCUCAGCAAAGCGCCCAAAACUAAACUGGUGGCUGGAGAUGAUGUUCUAGAUGCUGACACUGAGUUCGAGAUCGAAGAGAUAGAUGGAGAGCCGGUUGUGAAAGAGGUGACAAAAAUCACCAAGUACCAUACUUUGCCAGCUGUUGAGGCUAAGAAAAAGAAGAAAAAAAUUAUCAAAUUUGAGAGUGAAGAGGAAGCAGAAGAGAUGAUGAAGAUGGCGAAAGAAAAAGCUAUAGGGAGGCGAGUGAAGGGGAAACUGAGUAGUCUCCUAGGUAAGAACAAGAUGUCACAGAAGUCUGUCAAACAGAAGAUUGGUGGAAGAUUCACGUCCCACCUUUCAGGAGAAGAUAUUGACGAAGACAAGAUAACAACAAUGAUGAGGAAGAGGAAGAAACGCGGGAAAACCAGUAAGUUUGAAAGCUCUCAAUUCUCGUCCAAUGAAUAUUCUUCAUCAGAGUUCUCAGGAGGCAGUAAUUUGUUGUUGAUUGGAAAGAAACCAUCCAAAAUCACAACAACCACAAUUGUUACAGAUGAAGGGAAUGGUGAUGAGGAGGAGAAAACUGUGGAGACCACGAUAACAGAGGGUGUGAAUGAGGAAGGGGAGAGGGUGGUGGAGGAGACAACCACAACAGUCACAGAGGAAGAUGAUGGUGAUAUAAUCACAGAAGAGACGAAGACAACAGUCACAGAGGAAGGAGAUGGAACUACCACCACAGAAGAAACCACAACCACAGUCACCGAGGAGGAAGAUGGAGACGUGGAGACAGAGCAGACAACCACAACAGUCACCGAGGAUGAAGAUGGAACAAUCACAACUGAGGAAUCAACAACUACUGUCACUGAGGAGGAUGAUGGAGACAAAAUAAUUGAGGAGACAACAACGAAAGUCACUGAGGAUGAAGAUGGAACCACUACCACUGAAGAAACCACAACCACAGUUACUGAGGAGGAUGAUGGGGACACAACCUUGGAGAAGAUCACUGAAGUUCUGACUGAAGAUGAGGAUGGGACAACAACAACAGAAGAAACUGUCACCACGAUCACAGAGGAAGAUGAUGGUGAUGUCAAAACUGAGGAAUCCACAACAAUUGAGAGAGAAGAUGAGGAUGGGACAACAACAACAGAAGAAACUGUCAUCACGAUCACAGAGGAUGAUGAUGGUGACAAGACAACAGAGGAGACAACAACCACAGUGACAGAGAAUGGUGAUGGGACAAUCACAACUGAAGAGAUCACAACCACACUUACGGAGGAGGAUGAUGGAGAUGUGGAAAGAGAAGAAACCACAACAGUGGUUACUGAAGAUGAAGAUGGAACAAAAUACACGGUAGAGACAACAGUCACAGAAGACAAUGAUGAUGGGAUAAUAACCACUGAGGAAACAACUGUAACAGAAGAUGAAGAUGGUGACAAAACGAUUGUGGAGACCACAACGGUUGAGACCGAAAAUGACGAUGGAAGCACCACAACAGAAGAGACAACUACCACUGUGGUAGAGGAUGAUGAUGGUGAUAAAACCACUGAGGAAACUACAACAGUAGUUACUGAAGAUGUAGAUGGGAAUAUAUUACCGGAAGAAACCGAAUAUGAUUCUGGAGAUGAAGCAUUUGAUGCAAUCACUGAAUAUGAACCACCUCCUGAAGAUGACAUUUCUAUCGAGCCAGAGGAAAUUGAAUAUGAUUCUGGAGAUGUAGCAUUGGAUGCUAUCAGUGCAUAUGAACCACCAGAAGAACCUCCAGGAGAUGACAUUUUGAUCAAGCCAGAGGAGCUUGAUGACGCCUUAACUGAAACUACAAUAACAACAAUCACAGAUGGUAUGAUGCCACCUCAAAUGGAAACUGUGACAGUUCCAGCUCCUGAGGUGAUGACUGUGCAUGUGGUGGAUGAUGAUAUCACAGGGUCAAAAUCUAGUAAAACAACGAAAAUUGUCACAACAAUCACAACUUCAUCCAAAACAAAAUCUAUGUUACCUGUGAUAACUGAUGAAUUUUCAAUUGAUGGUAUUGAAGAGGAAGUGACAACUGUCACAAUCACAAAGAAGAUGAAACGUAAUAAGAGGACAAGAAAAAUAAUUUCAGAGGAAGAAAAUGUUUCUUCAUCAACUCUUAUCAAUGGAGUACCAGUGGGAGGUAAUCUUAGACUCCAAGAAAUACUGGCCACAUACUGCAAGAGGUACUAUUGCUUUGAGUCCCAUUUGAAUGCAGGUACAGAUUCACUAUUUUUCGAAGGAGAUGAUAUUGACGAUGGAAUGGAAACUACAACAAAAACUGUUACAUCAACUGAGACAAUAGAAUGUCAUUCAGAAUAUAACAAAGAUAUUUGCUAUGCUAUUGGAAUGUCAGAGCAAAGUCAUGGGAAUAUUGUCAUAUCAUCUGACAGGACAAGUGGAGAGCACUAUACAGGAACACAACACACUACAGUGACUGAACAUGGGCCAACGAUUGAAGAGACUACUACCACAGUGACUGAAACUGAGGGAGAAACAUCAAGUGGAUAUCCAUUGGAAGAUAUAGAAACAGAGUCUCUGGUUUAUGAGGAGCCACCACAGGUUGAAGUAGAACCACCAGGUGAUGAGGGGAUGAUUAUUGAUGAAGUGGGACCACUAGAUGAUCUUGGACCAUUAGUUGAUGGCGAAGAUGAUGACACAACUGAACAUACAACAACUGUUGUGACAGAAAAUGAUGAUGGUACAACAACAACAGAGGAAACGACAACCACUGUCACUGAGGAGGAUGAUGGGGACAAAAUAAUUGAGGAAACAACAAUCAGCGUGACUGAGGGGGAUGAUGGGCCAACAACUACAGAAGAAACUGUCACCACAAUCACAGAGGAAGAUGAUGGUGAUGUCGAAACUGAAGAGACUACGACCGUAGUCACUGAAGAUGAUGAUGGGACAAUAACCACUGAAGAGACGACAACAACAGUGGUGGAAGAGGAUGAUGGUGAUGUCAAAACUGAAGAGACUACGACCAUAGUCACUGAAGAUGAUGAUGGGACAAUAACCACUGAAGAAACGACAACAACAGUGGUCGAAGAGGAUGAUGGUGAUGUCAAAACUGAAGAGACUACGACUGUAGUCACUGAAGAUGAUGAUGGGACAAUAACCACUGAAGAGACGACAACAACAGUGGUCGAAGAGGAUGAUGGUGAUGUCAAAACUGAAGAGACUACGACUGUAGUCACUGAAGAUGAUGAUGGGACAAUAACCACUGAAGAGACGACAACAACAGUGGUCGAAGAGGAUGAUGGUGAUGUCAAAACUGAAGAGACUACGACCAUAGUCACUGAAGAUGAUGAUGGGACAAUAACCACUGAAGAGACGACAACAACAGUGGUCGAAGAGGAUGAUGGUGAUGUCAAAACUGAAGAGACUACGACUAUAGUCACUGAAGAUGAUGAUGGGACAACCACCACUGAAGAAACUGUCACCACAAUCACAGAGGAAGAUGAUGGUGAUGUCAAAAGUGAAGAGACUACGACCGUAGUCACUGAAGAUGAUGAUGGGACGAUAACCACUGAAGAGACGACAACAACAGUGGUGGAAGAGGAUGAUGGAGAUGUGAAAACUGAGGAGACCACAACAAUUGUGACAGAAGAUGAGGAUGGGACAACAACAACUGAAGAAACUGUCACCACAAUCACAGAGGAUGAUGAUGGUGACAAGACAACUGAGGAGUCCACAACAAUUGUGACUGAAGAUGAGGAUGGGACAACAACAACUGAAGAAACUGUCACCACGAUCACCGAGGAAGAUGAUGGUGAUGUCAAAACUGAGGAAUCCACAACAAUUGUGACUGAAGAUGAGGAUGGGACAACAACAACAGAAGAAACUGUCACCACAAUCACAGAGGAGGAGGAUGGUGAAAAGACAACUGAAGAAACAAGAAUCACUGUUGUCGAAGAUGAUGAUGGAGAUGAAAUUAAGAAAGAGACAAUAACCAUUAUCCAUGAGGAUGGUGAUGAUGUUGCAGAAUCAGCUGUUAUCGUGACCGGUGGAGGGGGAGGUAAGCAUAUCAAAGGCAAAAAGUUCACAGUCAUGAGUGGCGGAAUGGGUGCAUUCAAGGAAUCGAAUAAACAGGCCAGUUCCAUGAUGUCCUCCAUUGAACAAUCACAUCACUUGCAUGUGGCAGGUCGACGCCCCAGAAAAAAUCGUAAGUGGAGAAAAAAGAAAACUGGAUUGAGUGGUUAUGCCUCGAGCUUGGAAAUGAUGGAAGAAGAAGCUGAAUGGGAGAUGAUUCUAAUGGAGAUGGCCGAAGAGAGAGCAGAAGAGUAUGGGAUGACCUUGGAAGAAUACAUGGAGGAGGAAGAAUUCCAAGAGCUGCUGGAACUCGGCAUGGAAGAGGAGGAACUGAUAAUUUCGGGAGGAUGGGAGGCUUACGAAGAGAUGAAAGCUAGACAGAAAGCCGAAAGGAUGAUGUUGGAGCAGAGGAUGUUGGAGCAGAGAAUGAUGGAAGAAGAAAUGGAAAUGUGGGAGGAGGAAGGAGAGGACUUCGAAGAUGAACAUCUCAUGUCCAACCUGAUGCUGCAUCAAGCAGCAUCCAAAGGGUCCAAGGCUUCUGCCAAGUCCUAUCAUUCCUCAUCAAGCUCAAUGGCUUCAAAGAAACACCAGACGGCCAGCACUUCAUCUGCGAACAGCUUCGUCUACGAUGACGACAUUGAUAUUGAUGACGACACCAUUACAUUCUAAGUGUUGUAGGAACUGUUGUCAAAUCUUGUUCUAAAUCAAUAAACUGAACUGAAGCAUGUA